AUGGAAAGUGAACACCAGCAACCCUACUGUCCAAGUAUUCGAUCUCAACGAAGAUCCGUGGACACUAUCGCCCCAGAUCAAGCGGGCCGGAGAGAAACUUAUGGUGAACUAAGCGCAAAUACUGUCAAUGUUGAAGCUGCCAUUGAAGAAUACCAUGAUAUGAAACGAGAGCUGACGCGUGCUAGCCGGUAUUCUGGUGCUGACGAUUCAGCCAAAGUUGAAGAAGAGGGCCGUGUGUCAGAGAAGACGUUCGAUCUGGACCAAUUUUUGCAAGGAAUGUCCUACGAAGAUAAGAAAGUUGGCAAAAAACCAAAGCAUCUAGGCCUAAUCUGGAAAGAUUUGCUAGUAGAGGGUGUAGGCGCCGAUGCAAAUACUAUCCCAACUGUGAUUACUGGCCUCCUGAGUCUGUUGCGACCUUGGAAAUAUUUUGGCGUUGGCUCCAGCGGUAGUACGAAAACAAUUCUACAUCCUAUCUCUGGAUACGUCAAAGAAGGCGAAAUGCUUCUGGUACUCGGUCGCCCAGGUGCAGGCUGUACUAGCUUGAUCAAGGUUUUGGCCAAUAUGCGCGAAUCGUAUACGAAGGUGGAUGGUCACGUAACCUACGGCGGCAUCGACCCCGUCACGUUUGCAAACCAAUACCGCGGUCAGGUCGUUUACAUGAACGAAGAAGAUCAGCAUUAUCCACAUCUAACGACCAAGGAGACGCUCGAAUUUGCUUUACGUACCAAGACACCCGGUAACAGAUUGCCUGACGAAAGCAAGAAAAUGUUUGCCAACAAGCUGAUUUACAUGUUGGGUAACAUGCUCGGCCUCACCAAACGUAUGGACACCAAGGUUGGCGAUGCCUUUGUUCGAGGUCUUUCUGGAGGUGAACGCAAGCGUCUCUCUAUCGCCGAAGCCAUGACUACACAGAGCUCGAUCACCUUCUGGGAUUGCGCGACCCGCGGUCUCGACGCAGCGUCAGCCCUUGAUUAUGUUCGGUCCCUACGCAUCAUGACCGAUGUUCUUCACAAGACGACUGUUUCGACUCUUUACCAGGCUUCUAAUAGCAUCUUUGCAUUGUACAACAAGGUCAUUUUAUUGGAUAACGGCUACUGUAUUUAUUUCGGCCCCGUCGAGCAAGCCCGACCGUACUUUGAAAAAAUUGGAUUCUAUUGUCCACCACGCAAAUCGACUCCUGAUUUUCUCACUGGUUUGUGCAAUCCUUUGGAGCGCGAGGUUAAAUCUGGGUUCACUGUUCCUGAAACUGCCGCCGAAAUGCACCAACGGUACCUCGAAUCAGAUAUCUACAAGCAAAUGAUGACCGAACUCGAUGACUAUGAAGAAAAGAUCAUCAACGAAAAGCCCGCCGACUUGUUCAAGGAAGCCGUAUACGACGAACAUUCAAGAUUUGCACCGAAGACCCACCCAUACACAGUUUCAUUUUACCAGCAAGUCAAGGCAUUGACGAUUCGUCAAAUUCAGCUAUUGUCCAAGAGUUACGAAGCGCUUAUUUCACGUUACGGAACUGUUCUUAUUCUGUCCUUUGUUAUUGGCUCCUGUUUCUACAAGAGCCCAUUGACUGGCGCUGGUGCUUUUUCUCGUGCUGGCGCUGUUUGCUUUACUGUCAUCUGUAAUGCUUUCGUAUCGCAUACCGAGCUGGUGAAUUUCAUGGCUGGUCGCCCGAUCCUAGAAAAGCACAAGCACUUUGCAAUGUAUCGUCCGUCAGCAUACUAUCUCUCCCAAGUUGUCGUUGAUAUACCAAUUACUAUAGCUCAAGUGCUCGUAUACCAAAUACCUUCAUACUUUUUGAUGGGUCUGUACUCAGAUGGCGGUCGGUUUUUUGCCUACUUUAUCAUCAUGGUUUUCAUCACCCUCGCCACAAAUAACUUUUUCCGAUUCUUUGGUGUGCUUACAAACAGUUUCGUGGUGGCCAAUCAAUCAAGCUGUUUAAUUUUCAUCGUCUACUUUUUGUAUGUUGGCUACCUUAUUAACUACAACUCGAUGCAUCCAUGGUUCUUCUGGAUUCACUGGAUCGAUCCCUUGGCCUAUGGAUUCAAAGCGCUUCUCAUCAACGAAAUGCACGGGCAGAUCUACUCUUGCGAAGGUGAAGGCAACUCAAUUCCAUUUGGUCCUAGCUAUGAUGAUUGGUCCCACAAGAUCUGCACCAUGAAAGGCGGUAACCCAGGCGAAAACUAUGUGCUAGGCGAUGAUUAUCUGAUCGAUGAACUUAAUUUCGAACCCUCUUGGCUUUGGGCACCAAACUUUGUUAUGAUCAUUGCCUUCUUUUUGCUCUUUACCGCCGUCAAUAUGUGUCUUGUCGAAUAUCUUCAGGUCAACGGCAACGGCUCUUUGACCAAGCUCUACCUUCCUGGAAAAGCACCAAAGGCUCGUACUGAUGAAGAAGAGCGAGAACGGCUUGAGCGUCAGCAAAAGAUCACCGAACAAAUGGACAGCAUCUCGACGGGUACGACAUUUUCUUGGCACCAUGUCGACUACACUGUGCCCUUCAAAGGUGGCCCGCUUCAGCUUCUCAACGAUGUCUCCGGUAUCGUUAAGCCAGGCCAUCUGACUGCUUUGAUGGGUUCCUCUGGUGCCGGUAAAACCACCCUCUUGGAUGUGCUCGCCCGCCGCAAGACAAUUGGCAAAGUCGAUGGCCGUAUCUACCUGAACAGUGAGGUGCUUAUGAAAGACUUUGAGCGUAUCACCGGCUACUGUGAACAGAUGGACAUACACCAACCUGCAGUCACUGUCCGAGAAGCCAUGCGUUUCUCUGCGUAUCUGCGUCAAGAUCCUGGUGUACCCAAAAGCGAAAAGGACGACUAUGUCGAGCAAAUUAUCCAACUCCUGGAAAUGGAGGACAUUGCCGACGCGCAAAUCGGAGAAAUCGAACAAGGCUUUGGUAUCUCUAUCGAAGAACGCAAGCGGUUGACUAUCGCUAUGGAACUCGUCGCUAAACCACAGUUAAUUUUCUUGGACGAACCUACUUCCGGAUUGGAUGCCCAAAGCUCAUACAAUAUUGUCCGAUUCUUGCGCAAGCUUGCUGAUGCCGGCUGGCCUGUCUUGUGUACGAUCCAUCAACCCUCUGCUAUUUUAUUUGAGCACUUUGAUCACCUUCUGUUGCUUGUACGUGGCGGGCGCACUGCAUAUUAUGGCGAGAUUGGUCAGGGUGCAAAGACCAUGAUCGACUACUUUGAAACCAACGGAGGUCCAAAAUGCGCGCCUGAGGCCAACCCAGCCGAAUACAUUCUCGAAGUUGUAGGUGCCGGUACUGCCGCUGCCGCCAAUGCUCCGACUCAAGACUGGGCAGACGUUUGGAUGAAUUCAAAGCAGGCCAAGGAACUUGAAGACGAAUUGGAAGCAAUCCACAAUUCGGCGGACGAGAAUCCCUCUCGCAAGGCACUUACAUAUGCUUCUCCGUUUUGGACUCAACUUUACUUGGUGCAUAAGCGCCUCAGCCUUGUGUACUGGCGCUCCUCUGGAUACAAUUUGGGUCGUUUCAUUACUGUUGUUUUUCUCGCCCUGUUCCUUGGUUUUACCUUUUGGAAAUUGUCGUUGACAUCGUUGGACAUGCAGAACCGUCUCUUCUUGUUCUUUGCCACUAUGAUUUUGGGAUACAUGAUGAUCAUUCUUGCACAACCGAAGUUUAUGACUGAAAGAUUGUUCUUUAGACGCGAGUAUGCAGCGCGUUUCUAUGGCUGGCUGCCUUUCACAAUCUCCACACUUCUAGUCGAGAUUCCCUAUAUACUCGUCUUGUGUGUAUUGUUUAUGUGCGGCACCUACUGGACUGCUGGAUUGGUCAAUACCCCAGAAGCUUGCGGCUACUUUUACCUCAUGCUUGUGCUUUUCAUUUUUUGGGCUGUCACGCUUGGCUUUGUUCUCGGGGGCCUUACAGAGAAUCCAUACAUUGCUGCCAUUCUCGAUCCGUUGGUUAUCACUACCGUCAUUAUUUUUGCCGGCAUGGCUCAAACAGAAUACUCAUUGCCUCGAUUUUGGAGUGCCUGGAUGUAUUGGCUUGAUCCUUUCCACUAUGUCAUGGAAGGUUAUGCCGUAAACGAGUUAGAAAACUUGCCAGUCGAGUGUAACGACCGUGAUCUUUUCAAAUUCUCGCCUCCUGCCAACCAAACCUGCGGCGAAUAUAUGCAAGAUUUCUUCGCCGAUGGAGGCUCUGGUUACAUUGUUAAUCCAAGCACAAGUACUCAAUGUGAAUACUGUACCUACCGUACUGCUGAGGAAUAUUACAGUGGUACUUAUGGCUGGGACGCAAUCCACAAAUGGAGAAACAUUGGAAUUCUCUGUAUUUUCGUGGUGUUCAAUGUUAUUGUCUUUGGCGCCCUUGUGUUUUACAAGAGAAAGGCAAGACGCUAA